AUGCCCAAGAACAAGGGAAAGGGAGGCAAGAAUAGGCGUCGUGGCAAGAACGAGAACGACAACGAGAAGCGCGAACUCACCUUCAAAGAAGAGGGUCAAGAAUAUGCCCAAGUCAUCAAGAUGCUCGGCAACGGCCGCCUAGAAGCCUCGUGCUUUGAUGGCGAGAAACGGCUUGCUCACAUCCGCGGUAAAUUGCGCAAGAAGGUCUGGAUCAACCAAGGAGACAUCAUCUUACUCUCACUUCGCGAUUAUCAAGACGCCAAGGGCGAUGUUAUCCUCAAGUACAACGCCGAUGAAGCUCGCUCCCUAAAAGCCUACGGCGAACUACCCGAAAGUGCGAAGAUCAACGAGACAGAUACAUACGGCCACGAGGAGGGCAAUGUCGACAACGUUGAGUUCGACGAAGAUCGUGACAGUGAUUCCGACAAGGAGGUCGACAUUGACGACAUCUGA